GUAUAAAAGACGGCUGAAAUCCGCUUAACUAUCACAAUCCUUGUGUAGUAUCCAAUCGAGAUAUAGACAUCUACAAAAUGUUCCGCUACGGCCUUUUAUUGCUGAUCGCUUGCAGCAUCGCUGCAGUUGCUGCGGAAGAGUGGAAUGGCGAAGACAGACAACUGGCAUGUGCUGGAACUUUGGUCACCAACGCUGAUGGAACACGAUCAUGUGUCACGCAAAUCGGUGUCUCUAGCACUGGCUACCCCAUCUACAAAGUUACCAACCAGAACACUGGAGUCACCACUUACGUCACACAGACCGGAGUCAGCCCUACUGGCCAGCCCAUCUUCAACACCUCUAACACUUACCCGAUGACCAACUACGUCAACACCUGCACCGGCACACUGGUGACUAAUAGCGACGGCACUCGAUCCUGCGUUACCCAAGUCGGCACAUCCAGCCUCGGCUACCCCAUUAACACCGUGACCAACUUGAACACUGGUGUCACCAGCUACGUCACACAAACCGGCGUGAACGCAUCCGGCCAACCGGCUUACAGCGUGACUCCUACCUAUCCUGCCAGCACCACCACUGCUGCCACUACCUGCGCUGGUACCACGGUGACCAACAGCGAUGGCACUCGAUCCUGCGUGACUCGAGUUGGAACCUCCAACACCGGCUACCCCAUUAACCAAGUGACCAACUUGAACACCGGAGCCACCAAUUACGUGCAACAGACGGGAGUGAGUCCCACCAAUCAACCGACCUACUGCAAACCCGCUACGUACCCCGUCAACACCAACUACGCCUGUACUGGUACCACGGUGACUAAUAGCGACGGCACUCGAUCCUGCGUGACUCAAGUUGGAACAUCCACCUCUGGCUACCCCAUUAACCAAGUUACCAACUUGAACACUGGAGUCACUAAUUACGUGACACAAACCGGUGUCGACAGUGCCGGUCAGCCAACCUACAGCACGACUCCUUAUUUCCCCACUAAUUCUCUUGCUACCACGCUGGCUCCUGCCACUACCACGGCUGCUCCCCUGACUACAGCAGCUGUUCCUGUGACUACGGCUGCUCCCGUACCCAAUCCAUUUGUCUACUAAGUGUAACCGAUUAUCUCGCCAACCUUCAAACUAACAGUUAAUUCGGUUAGAAUGGAGACAUUUUGCGAAAUGGCAUUCUUCUGAGACUUUCGUGCAUCUUAUUGCACACAAAUAUAUUAAUUGCUUGGGGUCA